UGUUUACUCUAAAUAUCUGACGUGGUGCUGUCGACAAGACGACAACAGGGAAAGGCGAUAACCAAAAAAUAAAAUACCUUUCCUGUAGUUGUUAGAGAAUAUUUACAAAAACCAAAAUGUUGGACAGCAUAUUCGAUGAUGUGAAGCGCAUGAACAAACGGCAGUUCAUCUACCAAGUAUUAAGUUUUGGUAUGAUAGUUUCUUCAGCCCUUAUGAUAUGGAAAGGACUCAUGGUUGUAACUGGCAGUGAAAGCCCGAUAGUUGUGGUGUUGUCUGGUAGUAUGGAACCUGCCUUCCACAGAGGUGAUUUAUUGUUUUUGACGAACUAUCCUGAGGAACCCGUGCGUGUCGGGGAGAUUGUUGUAUUCAAAGUAGAGGGACGCGACAUUCCAAUCGUUCACAGAGUUCUAAAGCUUCAUGAAAAGAACAAUGGUACAGUAAAAUUCUUGACUAAAGGUGACAACAACAGUGUUGAUGACCGGGGCUUGUACGCUCAGGGACAGCUGUGGCUCACUAAGAAGGAUGUAGUGGGCCGUGCAAGAGGUUUUCUGCCUUAUGUUGGAAUGGUCACAAUUUAUAUGAAUGAAUAUCCAAAGUUUAAGUUUGCGGUGCUGGCAUGCUUAGCAAUGUACGUAUUGGUACACAGGGAGUGACAGCUCUAAUUUGAUCUGAAGUGUUGUUAAGAUGGCCGUCUAAAGAGAUGCAUUUGGCUCUGUGGAUGUAUUUAAUUUUAUGAUUAAAUGAAAGUUCUCUCUAGUGUUACUUAAAGCCAUUGUUUUACUUAAUGCAACAAUUUCAAGACUUA